CAAUAAUAGCGAAAAAAAACGAAAAAGAAAAAAAGAAAAAAAGAAAAAAAGAAAAAAAGAAGAAGAAGAAGAGAGAGAGAUGCUGAGCAGAGCAGCUUCUCUUUGUGUAUCUGCAAACCCAUCAAAGCAAUUGGUGUUGUCCAGCAGCAGGAACUGUCAGUUACCGAAUUAUAACAGUAUCUCAUCACAUGCUGCUGCUGCUGCUGCUGCUGUGAGAGUGAGCAUCGCAUGGAACAACAAGUCCUCUAGAAUGUCCAGAAUGCAGAGUUUCACUACCCGAGCAACCGCGCAGCCUCUCACCAAUGCUGAUGAGCUCAUCGACUCUGUCGAGACCUUCAUCUUCGACUGCGAUGGAGUUAUAUGGAAAGGAGAUAAGCUGAUAGAUGGUGUUCCAGAAACUCUUGAUAUGCUGCGCUCCAAGGGAAAACGACUAGUCUUUGUUACCAACAACUCAACAAAAUCUAGGAAGCAAUAUGGUAAAAAGUUCGAAACACUUGGUCUGAAUGUCAGUGAGGAGGAAAUUUUUGCUUCAUCAUUUGCUUCUGCUGCCUAUUUGAAGUCCAUAAAUUUUCCUAAAGAUAAAAAGGUUUAUGUGAUUGGCGAGGAUGGAAUCUUGAAGGAGCUCGAGCUUGCUGGUUUUCAAUACCUUGGUGGACCAGAAGAUGGAGGGAAGAAGAUAGAGCUGAAGCCUGGGUUUCUGAUGGAGCAUGAUGAGAGCGUUGGAGCAGUUGUGGUUGGAUUUGAUCGAUAUGUCAACUACUUCAAAAUUCAGUAUGGGACACUUUGUAUACGUGAAAACCCUGGAUGUCUUUUCAUUGCAACAAAUCGUGAUGCUGUCACUCAUCUCACAGAUGCUCAGGAAUGGGCAGGUGGUGGUUCCAUGGUUGGUGCUAUCCAAGGAUCUACUCAGCGUGAACCACUGGUUGUGGGGAAGCCUUCGACAUUUAUGAUGGACUACUUGGCAAAUGAAUUUGGCAUUCUGAAGUCACAAAUUUGCAUGGUCGGGGACAGAUUGGAUACUGAUAUUCUGUUUGGACAAAAUGGUGGUUGCAAAACUCUUCUUGUACUCUCAGGUGUCACUACUUUAUCAGUGCUUCAAAAUCCCGGCAACACCAUACAACCGGAUUUUUACACCAACAAAAUUUCCGACUUUUUGUCUCUCAAGGCUACAACUGUGUGAUUAUUGAUGCCUGUAACAUCAAUGUUGCUUUACACACUAUUCAUUCCGGUAUAGAAUCAAUCUUGACAAGCAACUCUAUCCUCUUUAUUAAGUUGGUUGGAAACAUUCUGUAGAGCUUCCAGAUGAUUGUAUUUAUGGGUGUAAGAACCCUUAAGAUUCAAUACAAUUCGCAUUCAGAUUUCUAUA